GCUAGUGCUGUCGCUUGUACCGCGCCUGUCCAUUAAAUAAAUAUUCCUUAUUUCGUUUUUGUUCUUGUUUGUUACUUAAAUCGCUCUAUCGCAUAAAACUCGAAGAAAAUGAACCGUCAUCCGAAUACUGACAAAAAUCGCAAUGAGCCACAGGUGGAAUUGGAGAGUCAAUUUAUUAUGCGAUUACCGCCGGAACCCGCUAGAAUACUGAAGGAAGCGUUACGUAAUAAUUUGCCUUUAAAAGACAGACUGACUAUAAAACUGGAGAACGAUAUGCGUUACGGUGAGGUUAGGCUUGACCAUUGGUUACUCCAUGCUAAGGUUGUAGACCUGCCGACAAUAGUGGAAUCCUUAAAAACCAUCGAUAGCAAAAGUUUUUAUAAGACUGCUGAUAUAUGCCAGAUGGUAAUAUGUAAAGAAGAGGAAGAUCAUCCUGUUACCGAUGAAGAAUCUCCUGUUAAACAGAAGAAAAAAGAUCCGAACAAGGUGGAUAAAAAAUUUCUUUGGCCUCAUGGUAUAACUCCACCCACUAAGAACGUGAGACGUAGACGAUUUAGAAAAACUUUGAAGAAGAAAUACGUAGAGGCGCCAGAGAUCGAGAAGGAAGUUAAACGUUUAUUGCGAGUGGACAAUGAUGCUGUUAACGUUAAGUGGGAAGUGAUAUGUGAGGAUGAGGAUACAUCGAAACCCAGUAAGGUGUCAUCGUCUGGUACAGUUAAGACUAAACGAGAGAGCAUAAAUGGGAACACAUCUCAAAGUUUGGAUGUUGCUGAACACGAUAUAUUCGGCGAGGCAGUUAGCGACAGCGAAGAUGACGAUGAAGAAGCAAACAUAAAUGUGAUGGAGCUAGAUGAGAAUAGCCGCCUUUCGGCGGACAGUAGAGUUUCGGAUUCCAAUUCGAUGCAAGCCGCAUAUUCUGAGAGGUCAAGUAACAACGCGACAACGAGCAGUGGAUUAGUUACAGAAUUCAGUAAAGACAUGUUCCACAAUGACACCAACGGCGAUACGGAAGCCGAAAAGCCACAGGGUGAGACUAAUCCAUUAAAAGCUCCAAAAUUAGAACGAUUUCACUCGGAAUAUAUUAUUCCAGAAUCACCCACAUUGGUAUCCGUUUCUAAAGAUUCGCGUCUUGCUACUCUUCACGCGGAAUUGGCGGAAUUGCGGCAAAGAAGGCAGCAACAAGAAAUCGAAAUAGCUAAUAUCGAAAACGUCAAGCUGAGGCAACGGUUCCAGGAAAUUUUAGAUAAUUUGUUGACUCAAGAAAUACAGAAAGUACAAGAGAUACAAGAUCUAGAAAUGGAAUAGAAAAUGCAGGAUGAGAUUCACGCAUUAUAUAUAUAUAUAUAUAUAAUAAAAGACUAUAUAUA